UCACCCGGGGCGAGGCGCUUGAUCUUUAAUUUGCUGGUUGUGGACCCAGAGAAGGGGUAUUCCCUUCCUGACAUCAUGAAGGAUCCUUGGUUCCAAGUUGGGUUCAUGCGCCCCAUUGUGUUUUCCAUGAAGGAGACGGUUGUGGAGGAUAACAUCGACUUCAACAGGGACGAUGUCGGUGGCAGUGGAAACGUUAGCGGCAGUGAAGAUGGUAACAACAACAGCAACCAUUCUAGGGAACUGGUCGGGGCCAAGCCGGCUCGUCCGUCUUACAAUGCUUUCGAGAUAAUAUCAUCGCUGUCGCACGAGUUUGAUCUGAGUAAUCUGUUCGAGACGAGGAAGCGCUCGCCGUCGAUGUUCAUAUCGAAGCACUCGGCGUCGUCGGUGAUGGCAAAGCUAGAGGCGAUGGCGAAGAAGCUGAACUUUAGGGUGACGGGGAAGAAGCAGUUCACGGUGAGAAUGCAGGGAGCGACAAAAGGGAGGAAGGGAAAGCUGGGGAUGAUAGUGGAGGUGUUCAAGGUGCGCGGCGGUGGUGGAGUUUUCGAAACCCAAUUUUUAAAAUGUUUCUUUUAUCAAAUGCCACGUAUAAUGGUCUCUCAAUGCCACGUUUAA